GUAUAACAUAAUGCCACAAUAACAUACGCUUUGCCAAAAAGCAACUAAUUUUGCCGUGAAAAAAAGUGAGAAAAUAUUGAAAAAUGAAUACCUACAAAAGGCUAAUAAAUAAAUAAAUAAAUGCUAAGUCAAAAUGUGUAAACCCUAAUCAUAUGCUGCAGGCAUUGUAAUUCGGCGUGCUGUAAUAAAAUGCUGGGAAUGUUUUGCUCUGGCGUCGUUUUCCGCAAUUAGCUGCUAAAAUACACUGAAAAUAAACAAACAGCGACACAAACAACAACAAAUAUUUUUUUGAAUUGGCCGUGCAACAAAUGCAGCACGAGUGUGAAAUUAAUUAGUUGAAUUUGUUUAUUUGUGUUUUGGUUGCCUUACAUUCGUUUAUUAUUGUUAUUAUUAGUAUCAUUUUCUGUGUUUUGGGCACACGAGAACACGCAUUAGUUUCAGCGGGUUAAUUGGAUUAGGCAGAGGCAGCGGCAGCAACGGCAGUGGCAGCGGCAGCGGUAGAGUGUCAGUGUCUCUCGAUUGGUGGUGGGGCACACAGAGUUGUUGAUCCCGACUUCAAGCAAUGGCCACCACACAGCAAUACUCGUUGCGCUGGAACAACUACUUGAGACAUCUGACCUAUUCACUGGACAAUCAUCGGCUAAACGAUGAUUUCGUCGAUGUCAGCCUGUGCGUGGAUGGGCGCCGAAUUAAGGCGCACAAAGUGGUGCUCAGCUCUUGUUCGUCCUACUUCAAGGAGAUAUUCAAAGAGAAUCCGCAUCCGCAUCCAGUCAUUAUAUUUAAGUUUAUCAAAUUCGAAGAUCUCAAUUCCAUAGUCGAGUUUAUGUAUCAGGGCGAGGUGAACGUGCAACAAGAGGCACUACAAUCCUUUCUACAAACUGCCGAGCUGCUCGCCGUGCAGGGCCUCACCGCCGAGGAGAAGGAGAAGCCGCAGAUGCCGGUGGUGCCGCUCAUUAGCGAGCACAAGCUCAUCAAGACGAUACCCAGCACAAUACGUGCCGUCAAUGAGCAACACCAACAGCAGCAGCAGCAACAUCAUCAUCAGCAGCAGCAACACCAACAGCAGCAGCAGCAACAUCCACAGCAGCAGCAGCAGCAGCAGCAGCAGGUGACUGUUGCGGGCAAUACGCAAACUAUCGAAAUACCAACGGCCACGCUGUUGCAGGCAACGGCAACGGCAACGCAAGUACAAACGCAGGUGGCUGCUGCUGCGGCUGCUCAACUGCAGGUGCAGCAAACCCAACAGCAACAGCAGCAACAACAACAACAGCAGCAGCAACAACAACAGCAGCAGCAGCACCAUCAUGUACAAAGCACUCAGAUACAGCACAUCCAAGUACAGGCAGCGCCGCCUCAGCAACAACAACAACAACAGCAGCAGCAACAGCAGCAGCAGCAACAACAACAGCAGCAGCAACAGCAGCAACAACAACAUCCACAGCAGGCCGCAGCGCAGGCGCAGCACCUGACUAUCACCAAUACGGUAUCAUUGCCAGCCGCGAAUACCGUAAAGAAACGAAAGAUCACCUUCUCGGACGAUGAUGACAACAUCUACACCACCGAAACGGUCGACUACGCCGUCAAGGACGAGCAGACCAUUGUGAAAACUGCUGAGAUGACAUUUUUGCGCGGUGCCGUUAAAAUGGAUAUACCCGAUUAUAUAGUCAGCGAGGUAGACGAUCGACUGUCUGAUGGCGCGACGCCGCAAACUUCACAGGAUGCAACGACGGCGGCUGCCCAGACUGUCGCUCAAUACUCAUCCGAAUACGAGAUUCUGACCGAGUCCGAGAUCGAGGAGAAGUAUCAAGCGGAUCCCGACAAUGCGGAAAUUGCCAUCGAGAUGACUCGCCUGCUGGGCACAGCGACCGGUGGGACAGCCACAGCCACCGCCCAGGCGGUGCUCGAAGAUCCCAGCGCUGCGACGACAGGUGCCACAACCACCGUCUCCGUGACACCAGUCAAAACGGACAGCAAAGCCAGCGGCACGAAUGCUGUGGCCACGGUGGAGGAGAGCGCCCCAGCUGGCGUUGCGCUCAUCUGCAGCUUCUGCAAGCGCCGGCUGCAGUCGAUGAACGCCCUGAGACGUCACAUUGCCUCGCGGCACUCGGAGAUCCAGAGCAAGGAGUACGAGUGCUUCAUCUGCAUGAAGAACUUCAAGACCAAGUGGUCCCUGUCCACACACAACUCGCGCUUCCAUCGGGAUGCGCGCCUCAGCAAGGAGCUGACCAAAAUUGAUUUUGCGGAACACCCACUAAGCUAAGGUCGAUCCGAAGAAGAAGAGAUUGGAAGAUAGAGGGAGAGAGCGCGAGACCUGUAAUAUAUAUAUAUAUAUAUAUGCCUAUAUAUACUUUUAAUGACCAUCUAUUUUAUAUAUAAGUCCGAAUUUAACUUAAGCAUUGAAAAUUUCUCAUAUUUUAUGAAUUUUAUCUAGACGGCAUAGAGAUAAUUAUGUAAACCAAAUUUUAUCCUAAUUUAUAUUCGAAAAUAUCUAACCCGAAGAAAUUUUUAAAAAUUUAAUUUAAAAAUUAUAAGUUAACGGAAAUCAAUUUCAUUUCCAUGCGUUUCAAGAUCAAAUUAAUUUAAUUCACACUUCUAGAGAUGAUAAUUUCAAUUAUUCGUUUUAAAUGAAAAACAAGAAUAGUACCAUAUUUAUGCGUACGUUUCAUUUCCAGUCGUUUCACAGGAAAAGAAAAAACAAUUUUAGUUUGCUAAUUAAAAUAAAAAAAGCUUAUUUGUGAGCCAAAUUCGUAUUCAAAUUGCACACAACUAAUAUACUCACUUCACUUUCGCGGAUGAGUAUGAAAAUCAAAUCAAUUUCAUUACCAUGUGAUAACAAAGUUAGCAAAGAAAAGCAAUAUAAACGAUAUUCGAAUAUGAAGCAGAAUUUCAGUUUCGACAAAUAAUAGUUCUCGUAUUUAUUUCACAUUUCCCAUAAAGAUUUAUAAGAAUAAUCUGUAUGAUAUACUAUGUAGAAUUUAAUAAUGAAAUGUCAUUACAUGGACUUUCAUAUAUGUUUAAUUCAUUUAUAUAUUUAGUACAUUUAAAUGCGAGUUAAGGAACUAUCUAUGAACCACAACAAAAGGAGAGAAUAAAAAAGUUUACGAUUAGUAGAAAAUUUGUGAAAAACAAACGCAUUUGGUUAAAAAUUAUAUAUAUAUAUUUUUGUUUGUCGAUUUUUAAUAUCUUAAUUAAAUCGUUGCGCCUCUGUACAAGAUUAGAUAUCUAAAUAUCAAAAUAUAUACCAAUAUAUCAAGCUA